AUGAGCGAAUCAACGCCGGAAAACGGGACCGAAACCUGCCCAGACCAAUUGAGCCGUCCUGAGACAUGUCGACGCGACCCCUGCCGACUCCCCAGUUGGACUCAGCCCGAACCCACCUGCUCCCCAAACCAGCGCAAACCUCCCCUCCAAGCUGGCAGAAUGACUUGCCUCAUCUUAUUCGACAAUAGUCGAACCGUCAACCACCGCCUUCUCCAGUCCCACAUCGUCACCCAUCGCCAGCCGUCGUCUGUUCCCUCAUACGCCCCACCAAAAACCGAUCAAGAAGAUGAAUCUUCCCCGCCUGGUCUUCCUCCUCCUAACGACGCUGUUGGCCGCCAUUUCCGCCCUCCCGCAAAAACAAUGCGGGACAUGCAAGACCUAUUGGGAUGCAGAGAGGACAGGGCGACUCCUGCAGUGUACCGCGCCGCUACUUUGUCCGGCCGGUGGAAGACCUCACGGCACUUGCCCCAACAGGUACCAUGA